GGUGGAUCCACGGUCAGGCUUGAGAAGCUGGCGGUGCCUGAAUAUCUGCCACGCACUUGAGUUGCGGGGUUUGGUAUAAAAGCAAGCACUCACUUUUUCUGUUCUCCUGGUUCCUGCCUUUGUUUCUAGUACUUUUUGACAUUUCAAAGACGUUUGUAAUAAUGGCACCAUCUUCGACGUUGGUUGAAAAAGGCUAUGUUGACGUGGCAAAGAAUGGCCGCGAAUCAAAACCUGUAAAUAUUUACUAUGAAAAGCAUGGCAAUGGGCCUGAAAAAGUUCUCCUCGUAAUGGGUAAAUCUCUAGCUUCUCUCUUGUUCUUACUUCAUGCAGCCCGUAUAUGGACCUCAAUUUUCUGCUUUGUACUGUAAUGGUUUCUGUAGGUCUUGCUACUCCAUGUGCAGCAUGGGACUUUCAGGUUGAUCACUUGGCUCGUAGUGGCAAAUAUACAGUAGUGAUUUUCGAUAACCGUGGCAUGGGUCAUUCUGAUUCGCCAAUGGGUCUGUACUCAACUUCACAAAUGGCUCAAGACACCCUUAUCCUACUUGAUCAUUUGAAUUGGACCUCGCACGUGCACGUGAAUGGCGUUUCUAUGGGAGGCAUGAUUUCUUUGGAGUUGGUGGAUGCCGCACCCGCCCGAUUUGCUUCCUUGACGUUGACCAGCACUACCGCAAAGCGAAAUAUACCCACCUGGGCAGCCAUUUCUGCAUUAUCCCGGAUUACCUUAUUUUAUAGCGACCCACGCGACAAGCUGAAUGCAGCCAUGGAGCUAGUGUAUCCCGAAGCAUGGCUUUCACAGAAACCAGAGAACCCGGUCAAAGCUGAGGAGUACGGUACCAAUCGAGAAAUGGCGACUGCCAACUUUAUCAGUCAUGUACGGCGGUCAAAACUACAGCCAUUGCAUGGUAACUUGGCCCAGACUGCCGCAUGCUUACGACACUCGUUUUCAGAUGCUCGCUUGCUGAAAAUCAAACAGAAUGGGCUGCCCGUGCUGGUCGUAACAGGCACGUGGGAUAACUUGGUUCGUCCUCAGUACUCGUAUCACCUAAAGAAGGUCCUGGAUCCUCGGUUUGAAUUGUUUGAAGGAAGUGGCCAUGCUAUCCCUGAAGAACAACCCGAUCGUUAUAAUGCUUUAAUUGAUGAGCACUUCACUCGUGCUUCUCUCAAAGCGGCUAAAUUGUAAUAGUGCUUAAUAAUAAUAAUGAUAGUAGUAGUAGUAGUAGUAGAAAUAGUGGCCAUUAGGUUUCACUUAUAAUGUAUUAUAAUUGAAGAUAUAUCGUGACAUUUAUU